AUGUCUUCACACGCAUUUCCUGGCACAAACAAGCCCUCACAAUACCGAUCCCACCCAACCAGCCCGAGCUUGAAGCCCAGGCACGGACGAUGGUACAUCCCCGUCGUCGCAGCAGUCGGUCUUGGUUUCGGCGCAUACAACUACUACACACAAGCACAAGCUCGUCGCCAAUUCGCCAUCCAAGAAGAAGAGAAGCGCUUGGCGAAGAACCGAGAGUUGAUGGAUGCUUAUGGCAACAAGGAGAGUCUGCAUGAUGUUCAACAGGCCUUGGACAUGUAUGGGCGGUGA